AAGGUCGUGCACGUUCAGUACCUUCCUCAUCGCGCAGGAUGCUUCUACGAAUACGAUCCCGGGAUGGAAACUUCCGAUUUGAGCUCCAGCCGACCUCAGAUAUCUCAGAGCUAAUUGCCAAAAUAUCAGAUACCGCUCCAGAUGCAGAUCAGUCGACACUUACCAUAUCGAACCAACCUAGGGGCAAUGAAAUCUCCAUGUCCAGCCUCAAGGGUCGCAACUUGCAAAGUUUAGGUUUCAAACACGGAGAUCUUCUCUUUGUAGGAUAUCAACCACGCGCCGCUCCUAGCAAUGUUGUCAACGAACAAGCCCCAUCAAGAUCGGGUCCCUCUACGAGCACUGUCUCUGCAAAACGACCGUUUGAAACCGUCGAAGAAGAUGCCGUUGAUCACUAUUGGCGAUCUCAGGACGGCAUGAUACCACGAGGGCGUGAUUCUCGGUUCUGCAAACACGGCGCGAAUGCCAUGUGCGAUUAUUGCAUGCCCUUGGAACCCUACGACGCCGAAUAUCAGCAGAAGAACAACAUCAAGCAUCUCUCCUACCAUGCAUACCUCAAGAAGUUAGCUCCGAAGACGAGUUCGACAGCUGCAGCUUCGUUGCCUCCUCUCAGUCAACCUUCGUACAAGGUACAGGUGCCCUGUCCUACCGGUCAUGCCUCCUGGCCCGCAGCCCUAUGUAGCACGUGCCAGCCAUCAGCCAUCACACUGCAGUCACAAGAGUUUCGCAUGGUGGAUCACCUCGAAAUUGCGUCUACAGACGUGAUCAACCGGUUCCUGCAGGCAUGGCGCGUGACUGGACUGCAGCGCUUCGGGUGGUUGAUCGGCCAUUACGAGCCGUACGACAAGGUACCAAUGGGCAUCAAAGCCGUUGUUGAAGCCAUCCACGAGCCACCACAGGAAGGGGAGCUUGACGGUCUGACGCUUGGGCUCCCGUGGGAGGACGAACCGAGGAUUAGACAUCUCGCUAAAUCAGCUUCCACUCCGCUGAGCAUCGUCGGCUAUAUUUUCACCGACAUCACACCUUCUCCCGACGACGUGACGAAGAACCUUUUCAAGCGCCAUCCACAGUCAUUCUUCCUGUCGUCUUUGGAGGCCAUUUUCGCGGCGCAUGUCCAGAACGCCAACCCGACGCCCACUAGGUCCUCACCCACGGGUAAAUUCGCUUCGCGACUGGUGACCGCGGUCUUGACAGGGACGGAGGAUGGUGGCAUCGACAUUUCGGCAUAUCAGGUCUCUGAGCAGGCGUGUGCGAUGGUUGACGCGGACAUGAUCGAAGCCAGCGUCGAACCGGGUAUCGUACGGGUAAAGGAAGAGGACCGGAGUACGGAUGUUGCGCGAUACGUCCCAGAUGUUUUCUUCCGUUACAAGAACGAGUACGGCAUCGAAGUCAAGAGGAGCGCCAAGCCAUGUUUUCCUGUCGAAUAUUUGCUUGUGACGCUAUCUCACGGCUUCCCUCAAAACCCGUCGCCUGUCUUCAAGUCGACCAAUUUCCACAUAGAAAACAGACCUGGAUUAGAGGAUCAGACCAUCGAGAAGGUGAUGCACGAGCUCGCAAGACUGGGAGCACCAGACAUCGAGGAGAGCCGCUUUGGGGGUGAUCACUCGAAGCGGCUGGCUCUCGCUCAGUACCUUAGCGACUGGCAUCUUCUAGCAUUCCUCGGCACGACACAGCUUAUAUCCGAAGAGGAUAUGGGGACGCUCAUCCGGACGCUGACUUCAUCGGACUUCGAGAGUCCUACGCUCUUGGACCCAAUCAUAUCCUCGACAAGUUGGCAAACGUUGAUGACCUUCACGAGGGAGUCAGUUCCUGCUCCUCGACCCAGCGGUCAGACGACGGGGGGCCCGGCACCUCCAAGUGCUAUGGACGAGGAUAUCCCCCAGGAAAUUUUGGACCAAAUCGCGGCCGCAGACGCUGCAGCCUCUGGAGGAUCGAGUGGGGCGAGUAUACGCAUUUGCCCUCACUGUACGUUCGAGAACAGCCACAGUGGGUCGGAUUGUGAGGUUUGCGGACUGCCUCUUGGUUGAAGCGCGUGGUUAUCACGAGACAAACCGACACAUACUGUACUCUUUCUCUGCACAUGUAAUCACCGAAGCACCCAAUAUCAGUUUAAGUUAGACGCC